CUACACCAGUACUGUACACAGUACAUACAUAAACUUUCACCUACCACAGUCUUCUCUCUAUGGAUCUCAACACGCGCACUCAGACAAAUACACUAUCCUGGACUCGUGAGGCUCCGCUUCCCCAUCGAGAGGACCUGCAUCCCAGAUUUCAAUCUUGGUAUCAAUUCGACCCUGCCCAAAAGUGGAUCCCCACCCCAACGGAUGCCGAUUCAAGUGACCAUGCAGAACCAACCCGCGGGGGCGACGCAUCAAAUCUUGUGUUACUGACAUGGAACAUCGAUGCGGGCUCUUCUCAAGCUCAGGAACGCGCUACCGAUAUUAUCACGUAUCUCACCCGGUUAGACCCCCCCGUAGACAUCGUUUUCCUUCAAGAGGUCUCCAGGCCGGCCCUGCAGCAGAUUCUGGAUGACGAGCGCAUUCGUGGGUACUGGUUUUCAAGCGAUUGUGAUGAUCUCUCGUGGAAUGAUCGACCCUUUAUGACCGUGACUCUACUGUCCAGAGCACGCUUCGCAGCACCUUCUAAUCCAGAGACCCACAACCUUGUUGCUGGCCCAAUAUGGAGGGUCAGGUUUCCAAGUUAUUUCGGUCGAGAUGCGCUCUGCUGUGACAUCUUUGUGCCUUCACACCCCGAGGAUGAAGCAUCUUCUGCGACACGAAUUCGCCUAGUGAACGUCCAUCUGGAUUCUCUGCCGAUCAAGCCAUCCCACCGGCCUCGACAAAUAUCUAUGGUUGCCUCCCUUCUGCGCACCGCGGGACGUGGGCUUGUGGCCGGUGAUUUCAAUCCCGUUCUUGACGAAGACGACGAGCUUCUUGAAUUCAAUGGCUUGACUGAUGUCUGGACGUCUUUGCGUCCCAAGGAGCCUGGUUACACAUGGGGGGUUGAUGGGCAGCAACCGUACCCGCCUAACCGGCUUGAUCGAGUGGGGACCCUGGGGUUAAAGGCGUCUACAAUCCAGGUUCUAGAACCAAGACGAGUUGGCGACUUGGAUACGCCCAGCUCCCAACAGACCAAGACUGCCGAAGAAGCACCGGUUUGGAGCGAUCAUCAUGGCUUACUUUGUUCAUUCGGCUUGACCGAAGAUUGAAUCAUGGUGCUCCUCAAUCGCUCCGGUAGGAAGUCUUUUUUUUCUGGGUCGUAUCUGUGAAUCCCCUCUACCGACGCAAGAAGUUGAAGUCCUAGAAAUCUUGGGAUAAUUGAUAUACAAGCAUG